CCCUCAUUAUACUCUGACGCACUUAUAAGUAUAAGAGCGUAACUUAUACUCUCGUCGAACAUAACUCGUCAACUUGUAUUCAUAUUAUAAAAGCAAGAAAUGAUAUUGCCUCGUUUAAAAUAUGCUUCGUUUCAGAUAUUAGAAGCAAUAGGAUUUAUACCUAAAACAACAGAGCUAAUACAGGUUGUUUCUGACUCACAGCAAACAUUCAGUAAUUAUACUAUUAAAUUAACAACGAUUAGUGGAAUAACGGCUAUGCUGAUAGAUAUAUAUUUUUUAAAAAGUUACAAUACUAUAAGUAUUGAACAAAUUCAAUGGAUGCAAGUGUAAAUGGUAAAUAAAAGAAAUGGAAUCAUACAAGAACGCUAUAUUACAAGCUGUUUCGAAUUUACAAAAUCUAUCAAACAUUUCAGACGUAUUUAGUAAUAUGGGGUUAAAACCUAAAAAUGUAGCAAUAAGCAAAAUGCUAAAUAAUCAACCACUUUGGAAGUUCGCAAGAGCAACAGGUCCAUUUAUUCAAAUAGCAGCAGUUAGUGGAGCAGUAGCCGUUAUAUUAGGAGCUUAUAAUGGGCACAAGCAUUAUUCAGAGAAUGAGGAAAAACGAAAGCAAGUUUUUAAUAUUGCCUCGCAAUAUCAUUUUAUACAUACUUUAGCAAUUUUUGGAAUACCAAUGUGUCGAAAGCCUCACCUGGCUGGUUUAUUUAUGAUAUUAGGAAAAAUAUUAUUCUGUGGACCCAACUACUUUUAUGCGAUAACAGGCUGUUCUAAAUAUAAUAUGCUAAAUCCAAUUGGAGGAAUAUGCUUCAUACUCGGAUGGCUCUCAUUAUUAUUGUAAAGAUUAAAGAUUUAAUAUAUUUUUGAAAUCAUUA